CCGCAGGUAAUAGUGUCGAAUGCCGAUCUGCGAGAACCCCGAGCUGGGCAAGGGUCUGCUAGCGGCAGCGCAGUCUCUGUAGGCGGUAUGAGUUUGGCUGGGGGCCGGGCCCCAAGGAAAACCGCUGGGAACCGGCUUUCUGGGCUCCUGGAAGCAGAGGAGGAAGAUGAAUUCUACCAGACAACUUACGGGGGUUUCACCGAGGAAUCUGGGGAUGAUGAGUACCAAGGAGACCAGUCUGAUACAGAGGAUGAGGUAGACUCUGACUUUGACAUUGAUGAAGGAGACGAACCAUCCAGUGAUGGAGAAGCAGAAGAGCCAAGAAGGAAGCGCAGAGUCGUCACCAAAGCCUAUAAGGAGCCUCUAAAGAGCCUGAGGCCUCGAAAGGUCAGCACUCCAGCAAGCAGCUCCCAGAAGGCCAGAGAGGAGAAGACGCUGCUGCCACUGGAGCUACAGGACGAUGGCUCUGACAGCCGCAAGUCCAUGCGUCAGUCCACAGCUGAGCACACACGACAGACAUUCCUCCGGGUUCAAGAGAGGCAAGGGCAGUCCCGAAGGCGGAAGGGUCCACACUGUGAGCGGCCACUAACCCAGGAAGAGCUGCUCAGGGAAGCCAAGAUCACGGAGGAACUCAACUUACGUUCACUCGAGACCUAUGAAAGGCUUGAGGCUGACAAAAAGAAGCAAGUUCACAAGAAGAGGAAGUGCCCUGGGCCAGUGAUCACCUACCAUUCAGUGACGGUGCCACUUGUUGGGGAGCCUGGUCCCAAGGAGGAGAAUGUGGAUGUGGAAGGCCUUGAUCCUGCUCCUACAACCUCUGCAUUGACUCCACAAGCUGGGACUGGAGCUGCCGCCCCACCUGCUCACUGCUCACGCACCUUCAUCACAUUCAGUGAUGAUGCAACGUUUGAAGAGUGGUUCCCCCAGGGGCGACCCCCAAAGGUCCCUGUUCGGGAGGUCUGCCCAGUGACCCACCGUCCAGCUUUGUACCGGGACCCUGUUACAGACAUACCCUAUGCCACUGCGAGAGCCUUCAAAAUCAUCCGUGAGGCCUAUAAGAAGUACAUCACUGCCCACGGACUUCCACCCACUGCCUCAGCACUGGGCCCUGGGCCCCCACCCCCUGAGCCACUCCCUGGCUCUGGGCCCCGAGCCUUGCGUCAAAAGAUUGUCAUCAAAUAGACACCUGACCCUUAGACAGCCCCUUUCCUGACCUGGCUCUCCACUCUGCCCCCUCCCUUCUGAUCUCUCUGUCCUUGGUGCCCUUUGCCAUUGUUUUUCCUUAGCUCCUCCCUGGUUCAUUCCUCCUUAGUUCUGUUUGCUUGUGCUAUUUGUUUUUUAAUCUAAUAAAAUGGUAACAUCCUUUUUGUCUGAUGUGUAAGGUUGGAGCAAGAUAUGUUUAUGAAUGUGUGGUUUGUUUGUGUAUUUGGAUUGCUUUGGUUUUUGUGCUAGGAUUGAACACAUGGCCUUGUUUAUGCUGGACAAGUGGUCCACUGCUAAGAUAACCCUUCAACCUUGUUUGCUUUUCCCUCUUUUCUUUUUUCUUUUUUCUUUUCUUUUUUUUUUUUUUCUCUCUUUUGAGACAGGGAUCUCUACACAGCCCAGAUGGACCUCAAGUAAGAUCUCUCUGCCUUCACCUCCAAAGUGCUAGAAUUAGUCUUGGCUGCCACACUGUGUCCUAGGCCUUUUUAUAGUUUUAUAGCACUUGUUAGGAGCUGUCUUUUUUUCUUUUUCUUUUACAUGUAUGGGUGUUUUGCUUGCAUGUAUGUGAACACCAUAAGCAUACUUGUUGUACAUAUAGACUGGAAGAUAGCAUUGAAUCCCCUGGAAUGAAGUUACCAUUGUAGCUGCCAUGUUGGUGAUGGGAAUUGAACCCAGUUCCUCUGGAAACCACUGAGCCAUCUCUCCAGCGCCCCCCCCCCCCCCCAUGUGUGUGUAAAACAUAAGGUCUUGCUAAAUCAUCCAGGCUAAUUUCAGACUCCUAAGCUCAAGCAAGCCUUCCAUCUCAUCCUUCCAAGUGCUAGGCCUAGAGGUGCAAAUUACUGUUCCUGCUUGUCCUUUUUAAUAGCAUAUAUUUACAAAGUAGUGGGCUUAAUAAAGAUGCCUUCACUCAA